AUCUGCUCUAUCCUAAUCAGGAGCAGGAAGCUGUUUGGAAGCACUUGGAGCAAAUAAACCUCUCCUCGUUGUGGUCAAUGAUAAAUUAAUGGACAACCACCAGCUGGAGCUCGCAAAGCAGCUGCAGGCAGAUUCACAUCUUAUCUACUGCACUUGCAGUACUCUGCCUCAGACUUUGAGGGAUAUGGAUCUGUCUGCUUUGACAACCUACGUGCCUGGUCAACCGGAGAACUUCGCCAGCUUUUUAGAUAAGGCCAUUGGACUUGUUUGAGAGCUCUCUCUUGAACCGGGACGGUUACUGAUGAGAAUUUGAGCACAGGCUGAACCUGUUUUAAUGAGAAAACCUGCAUUGGACCCUCAGGAGUUGGGUGUUUGAGAAGAACUGGUUCUUACCUAACUAAUAAUUGACCUUCGAAGAUAAAUUCACUGAAGUGUAUAAUAAUGGUAUGGUGCAUCUGUAUUAUGCAGUGCUGUCUUUUUUGACACAUUAUUUGUGUUAAAUAUGAAAAAAGCUGUUAUUUAACAAUAGUAAUACAUUUUAGUUAAACAU